UGGCGCUGUCGAGCUGCAAUAGCACUCGGUGAACUAGUGAUAGGGCUGAUAUAGUCGAUGAUCACGGAUCAGAGAAAACGAGGUAUCUUCAGCCACUACUACUCAAUCAAUGGCUAGGUGGGAAUUGGGAGAAGCGUGUUGCCCAUCCGUAUUUUAUUGUUGCCAUGAUUUGGACCGGAUGUGCAUGACAUCAUGUCCCAAGGAACCACUGCCGUCAUCUACACCGGACAAUCCAUACCGAGACAGGAAAUGCCCCUGUGGGUGGAUCAACCCCAGUCCGUUCGGACUUGGUUGGGAUUUGGGUUGCAUCCUUUGACCCAUGGAACCAUCAAACAAAGCAAGGGAAAUGCAGGGGAUGAC